AUGUCAUCUCUGGAGCAGAAGGAAGGGACUGGUCGUAGUCUCGUGAAACGGCACGUGUUUGGCGUCAAACCGGAUGUGUACGGAUGCCUCAACUGGGUGGAGGAGGGGUCUGUCAUCUAUCCUGUGGGGAAAACAGUGGCCGUGCACAACCUCAACACUAACACCCAGCGCUUCUUUGACGCAGGGAUUCGCAGUAGUGGCUUGACGGCGCUGGCGGUUAGUGCAAACAAGAAGUUCAUUGCAAUCGCUGAGGCUGGUAUUGUGCCGCAGGUUCAGAUCAUUGACUCCGUCACACGAAAACGCCGCAAGGUGCUGAAUGUGCAGGACCUCGGCAGCGAUCGCUUCGUUGCACUGGACUUCAGCGCUGAUGGUCGUCACCUCGUGACACAGGGCGGCGGGCCGCAGUGGAAGUUGUUUUACUGGAAUUGGGAGCGCUCAAAGCCGCUUGCCUUCACCUCUGUGAUUGCCGACCUUUUUCAGGAGGAGGACACGCUGCCAGGUGCCUCCGUCUCUGCGUCUGCGUCCGGCUCACGUGGGAAGGAGCAACACGGCGCAGCAGCACUGACGUCGCCGGUGUCGUGUGCGACAAUCUGUCCGCAGGACCCGCUGCUGAUAGCCGUGUCAGGUCUGGGAAGAAUACGCUUCUACCGCUACGUGGACGGUGCGCUGCAGAUGCAGCCGUCAACCGGCUACCCGAAUGAACGUACGAACAACUUCCUAACCCAUGCGUGGAUCACAGGCGAACGCCUGGUGGCAUCGACGCAGAGCGGUGAGCUGCUGCUCGUUGAACAGGGUGUUUAUAGGCGGCUGCUGCCAGUGCCACCACCCACGGUGGCACAGUCGGAGAACUCAACUGUGCUGACGAUUGUGGCAAGCAAGGGCGGGUUUGUUGCCGGCAGCGACCAAGGUACAAUCGCCAUUUACGAGAAUGGAGACCCACAAAGUGAUGAAUACGCCAUUGUGUAUAAUGUGCCUUUGCCGCUGGAGGAUGAAGGCCAGGUUAAAGGAAGUGCGUCUGGCAAUGGUGCGACGAGAGGAGGGGUGAAUACAAAUGCUACAACAACGUCUAGUCCCACCACCACCACCACUCCUCAAGCUGCUUCGCCUACUGUUUCAGGUGCUGCCGCUGGGCCUGAUGCUCCGGCUGCGAAUCCGGCAGUAAAAAGUGCGAAACCGCUAUUUCAGAUGAAUCCGUCAACACCGCCGAGAGCUUCGGCCGCUACGCUAGAGAACAUGCCCGAAACACAAGCGCGAAACGAAUCAGGGCGCACAGAAAUGCGUCGGGCAAACAGUGUGGUGCGUCUCGCGCUUGAUCAUUUGGAGGAGACUAUGGUGCUGGUGACGCACGGUGGACAGAUCCUUGGAUUUAACUUUUCCCAGUCAUGGGCGAAGCGCUCGAUUGAGGAUCCACCGCCGAUGCUACCCAUCUGCCAGCCGUUCCACGUUGGUGGCAUCAUCGGCGUGGCCUGCAGCGUGCGGAGACCGUUUCUCGUCACAAGCGGUGCGGACAAGAGCGUGCGUAUAUGGAACACCAACACGCAUCGGCUGGAGAUGUGCCAGUACUUUUCCACACAGCCCGGCCCUGUCGCCAUCCACCCCAAUGGCCUAUACGUGGUGAUAUGCUUCCACGAUAGAGUUCGCGUCAUGAGCAUCCUCUGGAAUUGCCUCCACGAGCACCGCGUGCUGAACCUCCGCAAUGUGACAGAUGUGAAGUACUCCGUCGGCGGGAAGUACUUUGCACUGGCGCAUGGUAACCUGAUCCACAUUUAUAACUCUCUCACCUGCGAUGUACAUGGACAGCUGCGCGGCCACCCGCAGAAGAUUCACUGCUUUCAGUGGUCCGCCACUUCACCAUAUCCCACCGACAACGGCAUGGUCUCCUGCUCCCUCGAUGGCCUCAUCAUCAACUGGAAUAUCAGUGAAAUGCGAAAGGAGACAGAGCAUGCUGAUAAGCGCUACCAGUAUCACGUCAUCGCCUCUGAUGAGAAGAACAUAUGGGCCGUUGGUGAACCAGCAUCAGCUAUUGCGGAUGUUCAGUCCAAGGCGACCCUGCGUGAGAUGGACCGCUUCAUCACCACUGAGACUUCUGGUAAUUCCCCAAACACCACCACCGAAUACGAGUUCCGCGACAACAUGAUCACAGCAAUUUUGGUCGCCCCGAAACAGCGGCUGUUGUUCGGUGGUAUGGAUGACGGCUCUAUCAAGUUCAUGACAUUCCCUCUUCAGGUUGGCGUGCAGGAUGUACCGGUGGUGGCGCACAUGAGCAAAGUCACGCGUAUGGCCCUCUCGUACGAUGAGAGCACCGUUUACACUGUCAGCAGCGAUGGCGCACUUUUCAUCUUUGAUGUGCGCGAGGAUGGACGCACCACCCAACGCGAGACCGGAUACUACGGUGACGAAGUCCUCGUGCUGGCAACUGAUGUGGAGGAUCGCGAGAUUGCCAUCGAGAGCCUGACUCACAUGACGGCGAAACUUAAGACUGAGAUCGAGGGAGAGGAGAAGCGUCGCAACCACGAACAGAAUACCCGUCUGCGGGAGCGCGCCGACGAGUUCAAGAGCGAGGUGGCCGCCCUCGACGCGGAGUACGCCGCAUUGUGGAAUGCCAGGGCGGAGCAAGAGCGCUCCUUUGUUGCCGUGAAGAUGGAGAAGGAGGCGGAGGCGGCGCCGCUGCUCGAGGAUGUGGAGCGCGAGGGACAGGGGGAAGUGCAGGCACUCGAUGACCUCUGCACCGAGCUCCAGCGAACACUCGACGGCAGCAAAGACAAGUACGCGCAGGAGGUGCAGGAUCUGGAGGAGCAGAUUGACCGCGAUCGCCGCGAGGACGAGGAGCGCUUCAACGACGUCGUGGCGAAGCGACGCAAGGGGUUAGAGAAGCUCGAGCGGCAGCUGCAGCGCGCCAAGGAAAAUAACGUGGAGUCGCGCCGACGCCUUGAACUUGACACAGACGCAGAGCUUUAUAGCAUUCAGCAGCGCAACAAGCGGGAGCUCGACGCGAUACGUGAGCGGUACCUACACAUGAAGGGCGAGGGCGCCAUCAUGCGCAAGAACGCCGUGCGCAUGGAGAAGGAAGCGGAGGUGCACACUAACGAGCUGCAUAUACUGGAGAGCGCCAAGACGGCACUGACGACGCAGCUCGGUGAGUUGAACCAGCGCAUGACGCAACUUCAUCAAGACAUUGAGUCACGCGACGUCGUCAUUGGCGAGAAGGAGAAACGCAUAUACGAUCUGAAGAAGCUCAACCAGGAGCUUGAGAAGCACAAAUUCGUCCUUGACUACCGCAUCCGCCAGCUCAAGUCGCAGAUGGAGCCGCGACAGCGCGAGAUUGCACGCGAGCACAAACGCAUCAGCGAGAAGAACACGGAGCUGGAGAACCUCCACCAGAGCAACAUCACACUGCGGCAGAGCAUCGAGGAGCUCAAGGCCGAUCUCACGCAGCAGCAGGUGCAGAUCAAGCAGACACUCAACCACAUGAAGGACUUCGAGACGUACAAAAGCCGCGUCAAGACGGAUGUGGGCGAGCUUGCGCCUGCGAUGCAGGACCCCGCGCAGCUGCGCGAGGUGGUGGAGCGGCUCUACCAGCGCCACGUCGUUGCGCGCGACGGCCACCGCGCGGCGCAGGUCGACCAGGAGAUCAAAGACGAGUUCCGCUCGCAGUUGGAGUACCUGAGCACCUCCUUCGAGGCGCUGCGGCGCAAGUGCAAAUCGGACCAGGAGCAGCACCGCUGUGAGGUGUCGACGAUGAUGAUGGAGAACCUCGCGCUCAUCCGCGAGAUCCACGAGCUGCGCUCGGAGACCGCCGAGCUGCGCAACCUCUCCGUGGCGGCCGCCGACGAGGCGAAGCGGCGCAACCGAAUGGAGCAGGGCAACAAGAGCGUCGUCGCGUCGAGCCGCGGCAACCCGCUGUCAUCCAGCGGUGCGCUGGGGGCGAAGCGACCAGAACCGCCGCGGGAGUUGGAGAACAACCGCACAGAGAUCCGGCAGCUGCGCGCCUUCAUUGAGGCUACGCAGCACGCAUUGGCAGCAACAGCGGCAACAACAACGGCGGCAGGAGAAGCCUCACUGCGGCACACGCCGAGUAGCUGUUCGCUUCCACCAAUCAAAUAA